AUGGCGGCGGCCGAGCCCGGGAGCUCGGGGCCGCCGGCGCCGCAGGGCCAGGCUCAGGGCCAGCGGCCGCCCCCCGCGUCCCCCGCGCCGCCGGCGCCGCUCGGGGGCCCGGCGGGCGGGAGCAGCCGGCACGAGAAGAGCCUGGGGCUGCUCACCGCCAAGUUCGUGUCGCUGCUGCAGGAGGCGCAGGACGGCGUGCUGGACCUGAAGGCGGCUGCAGACACUUUGGCCGUGCGGCAGAAAAGGAGGAUUUACGACAUCACCAACGUCUUGGAGGGGAUCGACCUGAUCGAGAAAAAGUCCAAGAACAGCAUCCAGUGGAAAGGCGUGGGUGCCGGCUGCAACACGAAGGAAGUGCUGGAGAGACUGCGAGCCCUGAAGGCCGAGAUCGAGGACCUGGACCUGAAGGAGAGGGAGCUCGAUCAGCAGAAAUCGUGGCUGCAGCGCAGCAUCCGCAACGUGAUGGACGACGCCGUGAGCAGCAGGUUCUCCUAUGUGACGCACGAGGACAUCUGCAGCUGCUUUAGCGGUGACACGCUUUUGGCCAUCCAGGCACCGUCUGGUACGCAGCUGGAGGUCCCCAUCCCGGAGAUGGGUCAGAAUGGACAGAAGAAGUACCAGAUCAACCUGAAGAGCCCUUCGGGCCCCAUCCACGUGCUGCUCAUCAACAAGGAGUCCAGCUCAGCCCAGCCCGUGGUCUUCCCCGUGCCCCCACCGGACGACCUCACGCAGCCGUCCUCCCAGCCCUCGCCGCCCCGGACGCCGCACAAGCCCGGCCCAGCCCCGCGGAGCCCCGAGCCCGCCUCCGACAGGGGCCUGGGUCCCCAGCACGCGCCGGCCACGGACCCGGCUCCAGGCUCUGUUACUGGAGAUAUCAUCGAUGAGUUGAUGUCUUCUGAUGUGUUCCCGCUCCUGCGGCUCUCGCCCACCCCCGCGGAUGACUACAGCUUCAACCUAGACGACAGCGAAGGCGUGUGUGACCUGUUCGAUGUCCCGAUACUGAAUUACUAGAGGCCAUGGGAGCUGGACUGCCACCCUCUAACUGCGGCGCUGUGGGCGUGCUGGUGACCUGAGUGAGCACAGCAAGCACAGCAGCUGCUCACCCUGAUGCUUCUCUCUGACGCCACAGGCGUCACCGUGGAAGCCAAGGGCUCUUGCUUCAGGGAAAGUGAUCCCGUAGCCACCCCUCCGGUAACUGCAUUCUGGGACUUGGCCUUUUCUCCCAGCCCCCACUCCUCGUUUCCACUCCUGGGAGAGGCAGAAGUAGGCUUCGGGGCAUCAAACCCAGACCCCGCUAAGGGCUGGUCUCUGCUCCGCCUCGACUGCCUGCUGGGCUCCCGCGAGAGGCUGUCCCUGCCCGGCCUGUGCCCACCGACGGUCGCUGCGGGGCAGCUGGUGAAGUGCCUUCCUGCUGCACUCGGGCUCCUCCGUGUGGCCGGUCCUGACUCCACGCCCUCGUCACAGGGGCUGCGCGUGUAGUUUGU